CCACCAACAAAUGCAGCAUCCUACCAACGGUCUGGUCAACUCGACGCAAGAACGUGCCUAGAAAUGACCCAGAAAGUCAUCCAAGAGAGUCACCCCAUUGUCCGAUUGGGAAAGCAUUGAUAAUAAAAGUGCUAGGCAGCGCUAAGCACGCUUGGGAUGCCUCUCAAGAAUGACGCCGCGAGUCUUCGCUGAAACUAUUGAGGGUGUGGAGAGCCUUGACUGUACCAAAGCUUCACUUUAGAUCGUCCUCUGACGAUCAGUAGAGAAGUCCCAAGGCAAUCGAAGGCGGCUACACGGCAAUGACACGCAGCAGAUUCUCAACUGCCGGCGAUCCUCAGCUUACCCAUCAGCGUUCAUGUCAUCGCCGUUCUGUCUUCUGCUUGUGGCAUGUCAGCACACUUCGCUGUGAUAUUCAUGACAGGCCGAUUCGUCGUUGUAGCGCGGUUUGGUACAGGUCCCACUGUAUUGUCAUGCGCAACAGGCAACAACUCCAAUCAAUUGGCCAGUAUCGCUUGUAUUACUGCAAUGGGAGUGUCCAGGCUUUUGCUGACUGCUAAUACGAGUGGAUAAACUUUGAUGUCAGGGCUGAAACCUUUCAGAACAUGAAGUCCGCCUUGCCACGCUGCAAUCCAUGCUCUCAAGCUGAGUAAGUCAGCUGGUCUUUCCUCUCAAAAGUUCGGGCUGUUCGGAGUCGCGCUCCGGCUUACCUCGAUUCACCAUACCGUCAUCAUUAUGCUUGAAGUAUUAGCUAUUAUGCCAGCUGAACAAUUUGGUUGGGUGACUUGAGGUAGUAAGCCAAAACAGGAAGUAUGUUGCGAACACGUGAUUGACGAUACAUCUGUGUAUAUAUUCAUAUAGCUGUCUCCUAUGUCUCAGGGAAUGAAGGUUGCUCGUAGAUGAUAUGUGGGACAUCUCCAUGACGAAUCCUUAACGUCUGCCGAAUUAAUCCUCCAAGUUAUGAUAUGAUGAUAAUCACAAUACACCGAUCAUAUCAUGGUGGGUGUUCCCAAAUCGACCGGCUGUCUUAUUUGCAGAAAAAGAAAGAUAAAGUGCGACGAGACCUGGCCUCUUUGCCUCAAUUGCGAGAAAAAUGGGAAGUGCUGUACAGGGCCUCCUCAACGCCAUACUUUCAGAGACCUUGGGCCCAAGCUGGCAUCUAAAGAUGCUACUUCGAGUACAAGACAUAGCUCUUUCUACGAGACACAGUCUAUAUCUGGCAAGAUAUUGAACAGACAAAGAUCAGGCCGACAUUCCAAACAAUUGAAAGCAUCUCCUCCAAUCCAUAGUUUGCAAGCCCUAAGCGAACAAACUCUCUCAACUGAGGCAUACCCCUCCCCAUUACUCAACACCGGGAUUCCUUAUCAACAAGACCCCCUCGCGCAAGCGCUUAUCCAAGCACUCCAUAGCAAAGGUGUUGGGCUCCAACUCUGUAAAUUGGGCGACUUCAUACACAAGGUGCCUUCCCGAAUCAACCACAGCGCCGCACUCGAUGCUGCGGUAGCCUGUCUAGUCCAUGCGCAUUUCACACCGAUCCACCAAACCAAUCCGGGUGAGGCCAUAGACCCAAGACUCUACUUGCGCGCCAUUCGAACACUUAAUGCAAGUCUGGAAGACCCCCAGCAAGUGCUCUCGCCUAAUACGCUUUGCGCGGCAGUUUUAUUGGGAGUUGUUGAAGCAAUAGCGGGACCAAGAGCAGGCACUCGUUACCUGUCUCAUAUACGUGGAGUUGGCAAGCUAGCAGAGUUGCAAGGCCCGGGCAAAUACUUACAAGAUGAGUUCUUGAGAGACAUCUUACAAUGCAGCACAAGAAGUAUUAUACUCACCUCCAUCUAUGACAGAAAACGGUGUUUCUUGGCUUCACUAGAGUGGCAGGGCGCUGCCUUUAGUUCCAAUAGACUUGGCUCCGACCCGAAUGCUGAAAUUGAGCUCCUACGUCUUGCCGCAGAUGUGCCUGGGUUUUUAGGCGACAUGGAAGAGCUAGGCAUGAAUGGAUUGGACCAAAAUGCCGACAUGCCGCAGGCAUUGCAAAGCAAUCUCGUGGUUGAACGAUAUUCUUCAUCGGAACAAACGCUGGGCAACAUAGCCCCGAUUCGCGCAACAUUCCCGACCUCUGCAUUCCUUCCUUCGCUGGAGAGUUUGUUUCUGAAAAAGCGCUGUCCUUCACCGAAGAAUCCCAGCAGCUCUCUGCUCGAAAAGCUAUACCGUUUCAAGGAAGAAUUGCAGGAAAUAGAUAUAGCGUUGAAAGCCAAUGUUUUAAGGGAGUCAUUUGGUAUCGAUUUGGCUACACCCGAUCUCUGCAGCCACAUUUCCGAUGAGCACACUGCAGCGAUAUCAAAUUUGAGCAAUGCGCUGCACCUCACGGUGAAUAGAAUGAUUAUGGAAUUGCUUCCGCCCCACAAGCCGAUGUACUACGCCAUGGAAGCCGAAUCUCGAACCGUAGCACUCAAGAUCUACAAAAUGAUGCAGUGGGGUUCCACCAACAACGGGAUCUCGGGCGCCUCAAAAACGUCCUUGAGCCUUGUCAUGGCGUACGAAUACUGCACGCCUCAUAUGCAGGAACGAGUAUUGAAGGAGAUGAACGCAUCACUUGGCGAAUACGAAUUCCGUUGGUCGCACGACAUGAUGCGCGGAAUGAGUAGACGGCUGUUUGGAAGAUCUGAGAGUCGGGGUAUAGCAGCUUGACAAGUGAUGAUCAUUGUUAUAUGAAGAUUUGAGGUUCAUUGCCCACCAUAGUACAGAAUUGAAUCUGUGGAUGGAAUGGUAGCACCUACCAGUUCUUGUGGGGCAUGGGAGAAAAAAUCGACAGAGAACAUUGUAAGCGAGAGAAUCCCGAACAGCCCGUCUGGCAGAGUAUUUCAAGACGAUAAUAGUGGUCGAAUUCUGCUGCUUAA